AUGGCUGAGCGCACCUGUGAUCAGUCUGAUUUGAUUGCCGCGAAUCUAUCUGCCCAAGGUAUGGGAAAUCCUCGUUCGUCCGACCAUGCUACUGACGCCGAGUUACCAGCUUCCAUUCGCAGCACAAUCCAUGAUCUGGACAUGGAGACUCAGGCUUUGGGACAUUUCGACGAGAUAUCGAGAGUACUUCUAAAGCUAUGGCCUAGCCAGAACGACCUCGAAAUUGCACUAAGCAUCCCCGUUGAUAUCUCGAUGUUCUCUCACGGCAUCAUAUGUGUCCCCUAUGCCAAAUUCAUUGCCGAGAAGCUUUCAUCGCCGCAUAAUGUACUUCAGUUGCCCCCGCAGGGCUCACAUCCGAUCAUCAUCGCAAGAAGACUCCUGAUGCUAGCCACCUUCUUCCUGAGCGUUCCACCCCGUUACUCAAGCGAGCUUGCGAAAAUGACAUGCGAUCCCCAGUCCCUCAUGUCUCGCAUCGUUGAUAUCGUCCAUGGUAUGGUAACGAGCAACGAUGAGUUGGUCAAUUCGUUGGAGGGAAUCGAAUGUCUCAUGAUUGAGAGUAUGUUCAGGAACAAUGCAGGCAGCCUCCGUCGCGCAUGGUUGACAAACCGCAGAGCGAUUAGUAUUGCGCAGUUGAUGGGACUCGACAAACCAGGCACUGCAACAGUUUCGAGUAUGAUCGUUGAAGAGAGUACCAGAGCCCGCGUUGAUCUGGAUGUUAUGUGGUUUCGCCUGGUCUGCUCAGACGGGUACCUCUCGUUGAUACUGGGUAUGACUCGGUCUGCGUACUCAGACCACAGCACCUACGAUUCUACCAUUUUGCGGAAGCGCACACCCUUAGAGCAAUUCGAGCGAGUGGAGACGGCUAUUGGAGGAUUUAUCAUGUGGUUCAAUCAAUUUUCAUGGCUCGACUUUAUGAUGACCAGCGACCAUGAUAGAAGCCUCCGGCAGGCUUCGGAGAUGAUGCCCGCAAAGUGGUGGUUGAUGGGUCCUGAUAUUAGCGUUCUUAUGGGCAACGAUGAAGAUGCACUCGAAGAGAGCGUCCGACUGACCUGCCACUUUACCCAUUACCACUUAUUACUUCAGUUACAUCUGCCAUACCUGCUGCGCUCCCCUUCGGGGGGUCAAGACUACACAUAUAGCAAGCUCACAGCUGCACAUGCAAGUCGGACAAUUCUGACUCAAUACUUGCAUUUUCGCAAUACUGUUGCUACUGUUACCUACUGCCGUGGCAUCGACUUCAUUGUUUUCAUUGCAAGCACGACGUUGUGUGUCGCACACAUUGAAGCUCGUCGACAACAGAAAUUCGAGGCUGCUGAUUUCUUCCUUCCAUUGGGGACUAUCAUGCACCAACGACAGAGCGAUCGUGGGCUACUAGAGAGCGCCCUGCAAAUGAUCCAAACCAUCGCUUUGGAGAACAACGAUGCGAUCGCCUCAAAAAUCAAAAAGAUCCUCGAGCCUCUACUAGAUAUAGAGCUUGAGUCCUUCAAAGGCAAACGCUAUUUGAUUCAUGCAACAAGGCACGGCUCAUCCCGCAAACCAGACUCUGAGGUCGACAAUGAUCAAGAAGUUCGGGAUGGACUGCUUAUUGAUAUCCCUCAGUAUGGAAGCAUCAGAUUCGAGCCCGAACGGGUGCGACAGGGCGAUGACAGGGAGGCCUCACUUUCGGGAGAGGAGCUCGCCCCAGGCUCUCACUUCGACGAUAGUGCUGCUGGGGGCGUGAUCGUCUGUGGACAUGCCUUCCCACCAUUUGAUUCGGGAAACGCAAAUGCUGGAGAAGCUUCGUCUCGAUCAUUCAACUGGGAAGAUGCUCUGAAGCACAAUAACCCCUCGUUUGGGACCGCAAGUGGUGCACCACUCGAAGAGGUAGGUGUGGCUUACGUUGAAGACUUCCUCGAUACCAAUUCUGGCACCACCACCGACGAAUGGUCUUUGCAAAAUGUGGAUGCCGCUUUAUUCAGUGGCCUUAUACGAGGCUGUGUGGCUCCGACAUUGGAAUCCUGGAAGUGA